UCCUUAAGUACGGAUACAAUUGGUAAUGGAUCGGACAAAUCUAAAUGAAUUGAAACAUAAAAUGCGGCGGCUUCUGAAUUGUGGACACAAUGAGACCGAUGAACUAAAAUACAAAUUGCUCGAAGUUCAAAAAGAACUGGAUGAAGCUAAUGACUUUAUUGCCGAAAUAAAAUUCGAAUUGGAUAGCGUUGAUAUACUUGCUCUCCAGAAUCAAUGGCUGCGCGAUGAAUUGAUGAUGCUAAAGGCCGAGGAGGUGGGCGUGAUUCAUAGGGACUUGGAGGAGGAUCCAGCAACUCAAAGGGAGCGUCGCAGCUAUCGACAGCAAGUUUCUGCUGGAAUGGUGCUGUCCCCUCAGCCUGAAUGCCCACUCCAGGAGCAGCGAUACGGACGCAAACUGGAUUAAACUAAUGGCUGAUUACAUUGCUCGAAAUCUGAAUUUAUUUAUCGAUAAUGAUAUUGUAUGCCAUUAGCCGCUUCCGACUACAAACCACUUAAAAUAUAAGGCUUAUCUUUGUUGUCGCACUUCAUAAAAGUUUAUUUCUGAAUCACAGAACUGAAAUAAACUCAGUAUUUGAUAAAGAUACAAAAAGAAAAGCUGCGCCUAAUUAGGUUUACAUUUUUUCAGUUAAUGAUUACCGAUUCCCAUUUUGACGCAUUUAUAUUUGCACAAUAUAUAUUUAUGUGUCUGCGUUUAAUUACUCACAUACUAUUUAUCACCAAUUGCGAAUUGAGUGUGUUGAAAUUUAUGGUACCUCGAAGUCCACUUAUCUGGCCAUCUAACCUUUUGAACUCCAUGCAUAAAUCAGUCGAUCCUAAUUCGCCUGUAAAUAAAUAAAAUCUAUUGCAUUUACAGCUCGCUGGCUUCCUUAAUGGCCGGUUUGUUGGAUUUGUAAUGCAUUUGCAACUCCCAGAUGAAAAGAUACAUUUUAUGAGCUCUGGCAAUUGGAUGGCCAAAGUGCGUCAGGUGUGCGAAGGUUAAAUUUGCCAUUUCCAAAUUGGAGGAACCCCCUCUAAAGAAAUAUAAAAAACUCUAGACAGUUCUCAAAAUGUAGACUUUUAUUUGAUCGUGUCCGACUCACGUUAAGAUAUAUGUUUGCAGCAUAGACACAAUAAUUAUUAAAUAUAUAUGCAAGUAGAAUUCCGUAAUAUAUUUGUAUCGCAUUAGUUGUACGUGUGCUUCAAUAAUUUAUAUUUACAAUACUUAAAAGUCGCGUGAGACCAAAGUUGGCUAUUGAUAAAAUAAACUUUCAGUUUCGUUGGGGUUUUUUUUUUUUUUGUUGGCUUCAUUUUGGGGGCCAAAAAUGUGUUGUUAGCAUAUAAGUAGUAUGUAUAUUUGUGUAGCUCUUUUUUUUAAAUUUUUGUUAGUUUAUGUAAGUCAUACCUAGUUAAAGAUUUUUUGCGCGAUUAUGCUUACACUUGAAUAUAUAUUUAGGAUAUAUUUAUUUAAAUUUCUCCCUUCUCUCUUUACCUUCUUCCCUAAUUUCGGGUUAAAACGAGCAAUUAGCACUGAGUUAAAUCUGAGAUGAAAAUUUGCAUAAAUAGUUUUCAACAUUUUCGUUCGGAGCAACAGUUUAACGCUUUUAUUCGGGUGUUCGCCUUUGGUAUAUAUAAUUUCGAUAUCUGUUGAAGAAUAUUUUCGUAUAACUCU